UAUAUAAUACUAUCGUGUAGCGUUUCAUCCUUUAUUGUUACUUGUAACGAACUGGAGCAACGCAGAGGAGCUCCGGUGCUCUGGCAAAAAAGAGAAAGAAUUAUUGUUCUAAAACGACACCUUCCGUGCUGGCUAAAAAUAUUAAUGUUUGAUUUUACUUGAGGAUAUCGGUGUUUAAAACGUCCAUUAAAGAAAGAAAAUGGACUCGAACCGGCCUGCUCUCGGUUUGAUCUAUUUUAAUACAGCUAGCUAUUUGCUAAAGCCAGCUUCUUCAUCGUUUGUUGGCUGCAUGUUCUCGUAAAAGUAGUACCUUUUUAGUUUAGCUGACCGAGAUUAUUGUCUGACUUUGUGUUUCUGUUUGUAAAGAACUCCACCUAUUGCCUGCACCAUUUAAGUCAUAGCCUCAUAUGCCUGUGUCACAAACUAAGUGAAAUACAACGUAAACAGCACACAGUCCUGAAUUAUGAUUGUUUUGUUAAUAGCCUAGUAUGUCUAAAUGUGGCUGCCUAGAGAACCCGGGCAUACCAAACCGGUGUUUCUUUUCUGACGAGACCACUUUCUCUGGGCUAAAGUCGUCUUUGUCCCUCAUCUGCUAACCUGCUAACCGGUGAAUUUUGCUAACAAUAUUCCAAAAGGAGGAAAUAACGACGACCCGAACAACGAUUUCACUGUCUGAAAGGCUUUCUGUUUGUAUCCAAGAACAUCACGUUUCCAUGGAGACGGCAUCAGCUCUUGGCCUAAAGCGCAGAUUUGAGGAGGUGGACAGCGCCUCACCAUGCUCAACACUCAAAGAAUCAGACGAUGACGUCUCAAGCAGUGACAGCGUGGAUAGCUGUGACAGUCUCAAUGCUCCCUGCAGCUCCCUCACACCCACCUCUAUUCUUAGGAGGGAAAAAACCUCUCUGGGCCAUAAGCGGGUGCGUUUUGACGCAGUGACAGUUUACUAUUUCUCCAGAAGGCAAGGCUUCACCAGUGUGCCUAGCCAAGGUGGCAGCUCACUGGGCAUGGCACGGCAUCACUGUGCCAUACGUCAAUACACACUGGGGGAGUUUGCCAGAGAACAGGAAAGCAGCCACCGCCACAUCCUACGGCAGCACCUGCGUCAAGAGAAACUCAAUGCUCGAAAGAUGAAGUUGACACGGAACGGCACAGUGCAUUGUGCCCAGGCUGACCUGCUGACACUGGAUGACGUGUCUGAUGAGGACCUGGAUGUGGAGGGUGUUGAGGUGGAUGACUGUUUCUUCCUACAGCCACUGCCUACCAAGCGGCGACGGGCACUGUUGCGUGCCUCAGGUAUCGCCCGCAUUGAUGCCCGAGAGAAAAUGGAGCUGCGUGCCAUCCGGCUGUCACGUGAGGAAUGUGGCUGUGACUGCCGCUUCUACUGUGACCCACACCAGUGUGGCUGCAGCAGAGCAGGCAUCAAGUGUCAGGUGGACCGCAUGUCUUUCCCAUGUGGCUGUUCUCGAGAUGGCUGCCAUAAUGCAGCAGGACGGAUUGAGUUCAACCCUGUCCGUGUUCGCACUCACUUCUUACACACAAUUAUGAAGCUAGACCGGGAGAAGAGACAUGUGCCUAGCUCUAAAUCUGGAGAAGACUGUGGGAAGGAAACUGAGCUGAAACCCAGUCCUUCAUGUGCCCGCUCUUCUCUGGACUCUGGAGAAGAGAUUAAGACAGAGGCCUCAAAUGAGCAGGAGCUACUAGAGGAGCAUUGCCAUAGUCUGGAGCAUGAGAACGAGACAGCUGUGCUUCACCUGCAGAGUGCCGAGGAGCAGGAAAGGAGAAGGGAGCGGGAGGAGGAGGCACACAGAGAGGAGGUGCAGAGUCCCAGUCCGAAACUGUGUCUUUUGCAUGAGGAGCUGAGCAGACAGGAGGAGGUUGAGAGUAUGGUUGAGGUAGACCAAAUGUUCUUUCAGGACACUUUUCCAGGAGGAGCAACCCUGCUAUGCAUCAAGGAGAAUCAGGAGGAUGCUCACAGUCUGAAUGAACCAACUUCUGUCCUCUAUUAUCAAAUAGACCAUGUGGAGACAGCCACAUUUAAGACACAUGACAAGCAAGAAGAGGAGCCCAGAAAAGGUGAAGAGCCCCAAGGUGAACAUGUAGAAGGAGAGGCCAGGGACAAAUGUCACAAACCCCAAACCUGCUGGCAGGAUCAGUCUGAGAGCUCUACUUCUGAGCAACUUCCUCCUUCACGUCCAGAGAGCAUUAAAGAGGCUGAGGGCCACUCCAGCUCUGAACAUGGCCCAAGAGGCACAGAUUUUCAAGAGGCUUGCCCACUGGUGGAAGAAGAGGCAAUAAAACUUCCUCCAGAAGUUUAGAGCCUGGCAAUGCUGCAGAUAUUUUGCACAAGAUUUGUAAUGAAGAUCAAGACAGCCAACUCAUAGACUGAGAGAAGUUAACAGUUACUGACAUUGGUUUGUAUUUACAAAUAAGCAUGCACUAUACUUGAUGUAGGACAUUCAAAAUUUUAUUGAAAAAAAAAAGAAAAAUUAAUUAUUCAUAUAUAAUAUAACAUUAAAAAUAAAAGCAUAAAGCAGAGCAGGAAGAGUUGAUGGAACUUGAGGAAUUGCAUAUUUUUUUUGCUGCAGUAUCAACUCAGUAUUUGGUACUGGUGGAAAUUGUGGCCUUUAUGCCUAGAAGCAAAUAGGAUGGCCCAGGUAGGUCCUUGCAGCUUUGCUGAUGCCUUGAUUUUUCAGUGGAUUAACCCACUGAUCCAUUCAGACUAUUAACCAUAAAUCACUAACUUGAAAUGCUCCAUGGGUGUUGGUGGGAUUUCAGUAGUGAAGCUGAACAAGGGCCCCUUAUAGCCACCAUGUACAUAAAUAGACAUUACCCUGGAAAUACUUGGUUUUGAUGUACUGUACAAGUGUUUGUUAGGAGCAAGUGACAGGGAAAAGAGAGAAUCAUGCACAUUAAAGACUUAAAGUUAAGCAGCAUGGUAAAUGAUUGUGCAAUUAUUUUGCACAGGUAUUACAUUAUAUGGCCAAAUGACCAUCACACCGAUAUGUGGGCCUUCCCUAAACUGUUGCCACAAAGUUGGAAGAACACAAUUUUCUAUGAUGUCUUUGUAUGUUUAUGUAGCAUUACAAUUUCCCUACACUGGAAAUAAGAGGCCUAGCCCAAGCAUAUUCCAGUAUGACUAUGCCCUUAUGACAAAGCCAGGCCCAUGAUGACAUGGUUUGCCAAGGUUGGAUUGGAAGAACUCAAGUGGCCUGCACAGAACCCUGACCUCAACCCCACUGAACAUGUUUGGGAUUAAUUGCAAUGCCAACUGCACCCCAGGCCUCCUUGCUGGCAUCAGUGCCUGACCUCAGGUAAUCCUUGUAUGGCUGAAUGGACAAAUUCCCACAGCCAUGCUUCAAAAUAAAGUGGAAAUCCUUCCCAGAAGAGCAGAGGUUAAUAUAAUAGCAAAGGGGAUACUAAAUCUGGAAUGGAAUGUUCAAAAAGCACAUAUGGGUAUGAUGGUCAGGUGUCCACAAACCUUUGGCCAUAUAGUGCAUUUUCUUGAUAGAAGCUUUUGAUGGAACCAAUCACAGAUCUUAGAGCAAAGGUAUGAACUGGUGCCAAAUGAGCUGUUUGAGAAUCUUUUUUUUAUUUUGUGAAACUGUUUAUUGGAUGGAAAGAAUAUUGUGAAAUUCUUGAUAGUUAAAAGUUAUAAACAUGAAGGUUCUGAAACUCAAUCAGAUUACAUUUUACCACUGUUAAAACUUGUGUAUAGAAAACAAAUUAAGUAAGAAAGGUCUGUAAUACCACUGUUUUAACAUAUAACUAAAACAUAUAAUGUAUUUAUAGUGUAUGUUAUUGCUAAAAUGUUUCACAGACUUCAUUUCUUAUUAUAAAGUCCUUCCAGAUGAAGGCACUGCCUCUUUUGAGUAGCUAACACACUCGCUUUCAGUGAUUGUUUUAUCCUAGUCAGGGUCCCAGUGGACCAGGAGCCCAUACCAGGAACACUGGGUGUGAAGUAGGAAUACACCCUGGGUGGUGCAUCGCACACAUUCACACACUCAUUUACACUUUGGAGCAAUUUGGAGUACCAGUCCACAUGCAUGCAUGUUUUUUCACAGUACAGACUGUAACCCAAGCUCAGGAUCGACCCGGGACCCUGGAGCUCAGAGGCGAUAAUAGGGUAGCUAACAAAGAUUUUAUAAAAUUUUAGAUUGUGAAAGUCUUGACACUCUAAAGUCUAAAUGCUUCAAAUCUGAAUCAUAGUAAAUAUUCAUAUCUAAAGGCUGUGAAUUCACAGACUGGCUGCUAUAAAUAUAUAUUUCACUUAAACUUUCUUGAACCCAACAAACUUUUUUAAAGUUAUUGCCUUUGACAUCACUUCACAUUAUCUCUAAGCUCUGUGAUGAUUAGUGUAAAGCAUAGUGAUUUAGCAUAGAAUACCCCACAAUGUUUUAGUCUUUCUGGAGUCAUGGCAACUAUGAUUUCAGUCAUUGGUAAUCAUAAACCUUUUUUGGUUAAUAAGAUUCCAUACAUUUUAUUUGCACACCAGGUCUGUGUGGAUUAAUGAAGUUUUUUUUUCUUUGUAUAUGCCACUUAUAUGUUUACUCCUCUGAUCCCAAAAACCCAGAAAUGUAGGAUGACCAGCAGCCUGUAUGGAACUUGAAAAGGUGUGACUUGUUGGUGUGACAGCUUGGACACCAUUAGCUGGGAAACAUGUGGUGUAGCACCUAAUCAAAAAUUUCAAUGGUUUAAGGUUAUUACAAAGCAUUGAAUUUUGUUAUUGCUGGCUAGGUGCCAAUAAUAUACUGUAAAUCUGCAGGUCUUCUCAGUGCUGUGUAGUGUUCUAAGCAGAGAAGGGUUUUACACUUGGGAAAAGAAACUUUCUACUAUCACAAGAAUAUUAAUUUCUUAUGCCUUGCCCUGUUUUUGAAAUUCCUUGACAAUGACAGCGAAACUUCUAAAAUGUCAGUUAAAUUUUAUUUGUAUUGUGCUUUUUAAAACUAGAUGUUGUUCAAGCAAGAUUUUAUACAGUGUCAAGGUUUUUUGCCCCGAUUACAGAAAACGUACCUUAGCUGAUAAUAUAAAAUAAGAAGCAUUUUGGAUUAGAUUAAGACAUUGUUAAAUCUAUGUGUAAAAAAUGUGUCUGUAUACACUAUACCGAGAAGACAAAUGGGUGUUACACCGGACAGAAAAUGAGUGUGUGUGUGUAUGUGAAAAUUUUUGCAUAUAUUCAUAUGAAUGUGUAUUGAACCUUAUGUUUGUAUGAUGGGUUGUCAUGUUCAAAAAGGUGCUCUUGUGUUAGGUUUACAUAUUAGUAUGAAUGCUGUGUAAAAAAUAAAUUUUCUGGUCACAGACAGAUAAUCAUAUAGCUCUUAAAGCUACACUACAUUUUAGGCAGCGCUGCAAACUUUUUGUCCACAGGAGAUUUAAUCGUACCAAUUGCUCAGUGUAUUUAUUCUGCUUCAGUUAUCCAUAUACCUAUGCAUGGAUAAUAGUGAGUCUUUAUUUCAAUUUACCACUCAGUACUCACUGUUGAAUAACUUGACUGAAGAUCAUGACCUUUGCGAUCAGAUAGAGCUCUUGCUUCAUCUCUCAACAGCUUCUCAACACUAUAUUGAGCCAAGCAUUACAGUUUAGGCAAAAACUGCAAUAAUAACCAUUUUGCAAAUGACUAAUCAUAAGAGAAAGUAUAUUUGCUUUGUACUGUCAUGGUGUAACUGAAAAUGAAACUGAAGUGGUGUUUUUGUUGUGUUUUGUCUUUUACUGUGUAUCUUGUCUUUGUAUAUGUGACUGAUUCAAUGUUCAGACUCCUUGUGUGUACAAUCUUUAUCACGUUGAAGUGUUACACAACUCUGCGAUUCCUUUUGUAGCAGAAAUAUAGGCCUGAAAUUGAUGAAUUACACUGAAGUGGUGAAAUGCUACAGAACAAACCACAGUGCACUGGGGGAUAGAGGGGAUUAGGGAGAGAGUGGGGUUGGGGGGUGGGUGUUGAGUCUGGUAUGUUUUUAUUAUUAUUAUUAUUAUUAUUAUUGUUACUCCUAUUAUUAUUAUUGAUUUAUCUGUUGUCUUGAUGUAAAAUGAACUACACCAGUGGUCUCAAGCCUGGCCUGGAGGGGAAACAUCAUUUAUGUGUGAGGAUGUAGAAAGAUUUCUGUUUGUUACCUUUAUGUUCAUGUUAUUCCUGCUUCCUCUCUUUGUGGCUUGCUCUGUUUUGGGACCACUGCACUAAAUGUAAUCCAACCUGUGCGUGCGUGCGUGCGUGUGAGAGAAACAGAGAGCGUGAGCACAUGUGUCUGCUGACGUGUUCUAUAGAUGCUUGAUAAAUGAAACUGAAUGAGGUUGGAGUUAAUAGCUGCAAGACUCUAAUGCUAACUGUUGCCUAAGGAAACAGGAGAAAUACACAUUUUAUAUGAAAAUGUGACAAAUAAAGUAAAAUGAAUUUAAAA